CCUCCCCUGCUUCGGUGUUCUGACUUCAUCGUUUUGCUGUGGGAGAAGAGGCUCCACACUCCCCCGUUGUUCCCGGAACGCAGCCCAGCCCAGCCCAGCUGUUGUGUUGCUUUCCUGUUCUGAAGAGGAAGUGAGAAAUUCCCUCCACGUGUUCUCCUGCACUUGGAUACUCAGGUUUGACUCCAGGAGUUGCCUGUAACGAGCUCUCAGUGGGGCUUGGAGAGGAGCUGUGCUGGGAGUUGUUUCAUUUUGUGCCAAAGGAGGAGGGGGAGAAGAAAUCCUGCAAAAAGCUAAAGUGUUCAUGAUGCAAAAAUUUGUCUAAGGGAAAACCUAAAGAAAAGCAGAAGCAGAGGAAGGCACAAGGAAACAGGAUGGGAAACUUUUGUCAGAAGCACUGUGCCUUUUUGCAGCCCUUUGUCAAGUGCUUAUUCUCGGGGAGAGACGGUGAGCAGGAUGAGAAAGUCGGACAAGUCUUUGCCAACCCUGCUGUGGUAAGGUAUGACUUACAGCCAGGACAGAAAGACAGAGAGGAGAAGAUAAAAGAGAAACCUUUACCUCCACUGCCUGAGCAGCAUCUGGUGAAUAUUUGCAAAUUUGUGGCACUCUUUGACUACAAGGCUCGCACUGAGGAGGACUUGAGCUUCCGAGCUGGGGAUAAGCUUGAAGUGCUGAAUGCAUCCCACGAGGGCUGGUGGUACGCUAGGCUCCUCCUAUCAACGGGGUCAGUUUGUCCUGGCCGCAAGCUCCAGGGCUACAUCCCUGCCAACUACAUAGCUGCUGACCAGAGCAUUGAAGCUGAGCCAUGGUUUUUUGGCCCAGUCAGACGAGCAGAUGCCGAGAGACAACUGUCAUACCCUGGAAACCAGGCAGGAGCCUUCCUAAUUCGAGAAAGCGAAAGUCUAAAAGGCAAAUACGCACUUUCAGUUUUUGAUGGUGUAUCUGUGAAGCACUACCUGAUCGGAAAGCUGGAUGAAAGAGGCUUUUUCCUAACCAGAAGGAAAACUUUCAAAACUCUGCAUGAGUUUGUUGACUAUUACAGUAAGAACAGUGAUGGUGACCUCUGCGUGGUGCUCGGAAAGCCAUGCCUAAAGUUACAAACUCCUACUACUUUUGAUUUGUCAUAUAAAACGGUCGAUCAGUGGGAGAUAGACCGGCAAUCUCUGAAAUUGUUGAAAAAAUUAGGAUCUGGUCAGUUUGGUGAGGUAUGGGAAGGACUGUGGAAUAAUACCACCUCUGUGGCGAUCAAAACAUUAAAACCAGGUUCAAUGGAUCGAAGGGACUUUCUGAGGGAAGCACAAAUAAUGAAGAACUUGAGACAUCCAAAGCUUAUACAGCUUUAUGCUGUCUGUACUUUGGAGGACCCAAUUUAUAUUAUUACCGAGCUGAUGAAAUAUGGAAGUCUUCUAGAAUACCUUCAAAAAGAUGCAGGCUCCCAAAUCUUCCUGCCACAUCAAGUAGACAUGGCCACUCAGGUGGCUUCCGGGAUGGCUUACCUCGAAUCCCGGAACUAUAUUCAUCGGGAUCUGGCAGCCAGAAAUGUUCUUGUUGGCGAACACAGUGUUUACAAAGUGGCAGACUUUGGACUUGCAAGAGUUCUUAAGGUAGAAAACGAAAAAGUAUAUAAAGCCAGGAAUGAAACACAACUCCCAGUGAGAUGGACAGCCCCAGAGGCCAUCCGCUACAACAAAUUCAGCAUUAAGUCAGAUGUCUGGUCAUUUGGAAUACUUCUGUUUGAAAUAAUGACCUACGGGAAGAUGCCUUAUGCUGGUAUCGCCGGGCACCAGGUGAUCCCGUUGCUGAACACGGGGUACAGGCUUCCUCAGCCAGCGACCUGCCCGGAGCCGCUCUACCAGCUGAUGCUGCAGUGCUGGAGCGCGGAGGCGGGCAGCCGGCCCACCUUCAAGGACCUCUACGGGCAGCUGGAGUGCUACUUGGAGACCGACUCCGAGUUCUAGGCCCACGCCCUGGAUGUGGUGAAAUGAACUCCCCAUGGCGGGGGGCUGAGGGACCCCCAGGUGGGGGCUGAUGGACCUCCACAGCGGGGGCUGUUGGACAGGCGCCAGCUGACAUGGCUGAAAGGGAAGGGGGCUGUGAAAUCAGCCUAAACUCCCUCGUGCAGGUUCUUAGGGGAUGCUGAGGGAUUCUGGUACAUUCUCAUCCCUGCGCUGAUACUCAAAGACACCUAAAAUUUUUGCUGCUGGCAAAUGUUUUGCAAGACUAAGCAUGAGGAAGCUGGAGGGGUGGGGGGCUUCUAAAAAAUAAAAUGUCUUCUAUUUAUUUUUUAAGUAGCAGAUUGCAAGAACGAACAAAUGGAAUGGAUGUUGCUCAAUAACCAUGCUAGCAUUUUGUCAUUUCUUUAUGGGAAUAAUUAUUUGCUGUUCCUUAGAUUUUUGAUUCCUCCACGAGGUUGUUCUCGUGAAGGAAUGUGAUGGCUCUGCAGAGCAGGAUCUGUGCUUCGAGCAUAGAUUUAAAAAAAAAUUGUAAGAAAAAUAAAAAUAAAAUAAUCCCAUGACUGUGAUCAUAGCAGAAUCUAAAUUAAUUGCCUUGCCUAGACUUGAAGUACAUGUGCUGUUGCUGUAUCAGAAAAUGAAACGGAUGUUCAUGAGAGAAAAGGAAUUAUUUUAUUUUAUGGAUGUGAAGAGUGAUCUUUUUAGUUUGUCUACUGUUCCUCUUUUACAAGAAUAAACACAAUUAUUAUUAUUAAUUAUUGAAGCUGUUUGCUCUGAAUGUUGUUAAAUAGUGCUAGGGAACCGAUGAGUUAUUGUCCAUUGAAGUGUAAGGAUAUGUUUUAUAGUUCUUAGUUUGAGGAAUAUUGGAGGAAAAGAUAUUUUAACAUGAACUCAAGACUCCCUUAGCCUUUUAGAGUGACAGCUUCUCCUGUCCCGCUGCCCAAAUCAUGGACCUUCUUCAACAGGGCAAGGCCCAGGGCAGGUCUAGGUAUUUUGCAGGGGAACUAGGAAUCCAUGCUUCCAUCUUCUCCAGAUGUAACUUUAAUACAGUAGAUUUAAAUAAUAGAUGAUCCUUCUUUUUUUUUUUGUUCCAUGAGGAAACGGAUCCCAGGUGCUUCUGCUAGCAGUCUUUACAGCUACAGAUUUUAGUUGUGCGGUUUUUUUCCCCCAUUUUUUCUAAUUAACUACAAUAUCGGUUCUGCUAAAACCUGAUAUCACUGUGACAGUUUUAUGUUUUCAAUUGUGAGGCUUAGAGAACCAAGUUUCAAUUAUUUACUUAUGAUUCAUCAGUUAAUUAUUUAACAACAUAAUUCAGGAAUUAAGAGCUGUACUGUGUUAGCAUAGUGUGAG